AUGGGAUAUCCGCCUGACAUAAAUAGUUCUAGUUACAAUGGAGAAUUUAAAAGCCGUUCUAAAAUGCUAGAACUUGAAAUAGUAUUAAUUCCAAGAGUAUUCACAUUCGCAGUUUUCACUUUAGUAAUUUGGGUAAGUGGGACAUGUAACAAUUAUGGACAAGGCUACGGUGACGAAUGGUUGUACUAUUUCGAUGAUAAUGGCGACAGACACAUAAUGAAUUUUUCAACGAUACCUAAAUCUACGCAUGGCAUGAACUUUGGCGAAAUAUACUUUCAUUUAUAUACUAGGAAAACUGUUGAUAAAGCCGAAUUGUUAACUUUAUCAAAAAAUGAUUGUUCUAUAAAGAGUCUUUAUUUUAAUAAGUCUAAUGAUAUCAAACUUCUCACUCACGGCUGGCUCUCGUCGGACCAAGUACACUGGUUGCAACAAAUGAAAGAUUCUCUCCUGCGAGAGUAUAAUUUGAAUGUAAUUACGGUUGAUUGGAGUCAAAUCUCUCGAAACACAUUUUACCCAUGGCCAGCUCUCAGCACGCGAUAUGUUGGAAAAAAAAUAGCAGAAUUUCUCAAAGCAAUUCAAUCAUCAUUUCAUAUAGGAACUAAAGGAAUACACCUGAUAGGCCACAGUUUAGGAGCGCAUGUCAUGGGUUACGCCGGUAUGUUUUGUAAUGGAACCUUAUCGAGGAUUACAGGUUUAGAUCCUGCAAGACCAUUAUUUGAGCUACCUCAAAUGCCGGACAUUUACUGUUUGAAUAAGGACGAUGCGGAAUUUGUAGAUAUCAUACAUACGGCUAGUGGUACCUACGGUUACACCGCGAGUCACGGUCACGCUGAUUUCUUUCCAAAUAAAGGCACAAAUCAACCAGGAUGCCAAACAGGUACUUGCAGCCAUGGAAGAGCGUGUGAAUAUUUUGAUGAAUCUAUUUCAUAUUCAUCUGAAAUAGGUUUUAUCGCUUAUUUGUGUAACAGCUGGGAAGAAUAUUCAAAAGGCAAUUGUAAAGACGAAUUUACUAGUAUGGGAUAUCCAGCGUCUAUCGCAAGCAGAGGAAAUUAUUAUCUUAAAACAAAAAAUGAAUCAAAAUACGCAGAUCUUGAUGAUUAAGAUAUUUGAAUAUUUAUAGAAAUAAAAUACGUUCAUUUAAUUUCUCGUGUUUUAUUAUUAACUAAAGAACUUAUAAAUAAAAAUAGCUACUAAAUAAUAAAACAUUAACUUAACUUCAUAAUUAACAGUUAUAGUUUAGACAGACUCUUUAACUAAUAAUAACAAUUUUCAUUAUAAAUCACAUAAACAC